UGAAGGCGUCUUCUUUAUUGGGGUUUUGUUAAGAUCCCUGRCGCUUGUUUUGAACAUUAACACGCAUUGCUUGCAGUACAGUUUUGGAAACAAGGACCUUAUCUUUCAUAUCAGCACGCAAUAAGUUUAAAAAAACAAAAGGUUAAAUUGAUACACCUUUUUAGCAAUCUAUCGUGCUCUGAACGCCUGUGUAUGUAAUGGAAAAAGGCCACCAGAAACGUGUUGUUACUGAAAAAUACUGUCGCCUGCAACUGAUAAAGCCGGUAAACUGUGUAUAUUUUGCGUUAAAUUAUUUGGAUGUUAUAUGAACGAACGUAACGGGCUUCUGUUUCUAGAACCGUAUCGCAAUUGAAAAUCGAUUCACGUUUAAAUAUAAUAUUUUGCUGCCAGAGCCAGUCUACUUCUAAAAUAACAUACAAGGUCCUUGAACCUUAAGACAGGCUCCUUAUUAAGAGUAAGCACAUAUUGGGCUAUCCCAACAUUAGAUGGCAGCACAAGCACAGUUAUUUGUCACAAUUUAGAAUGUAUUCACUCUAUUUUGAACGUCCUGUAACUUUUUGUCCAACCUCAGUAUUAAAAUACAUUUAUGCAAAGGAUUAAUAACAACAAACAUUACACGGUAGGCUACAUGUUUGAGUGCAGGACUCAAAUGGAACCAUUCCUUCUGUGCAAGAGAUUCCGUGGUGAUAUUUGAAGUGCUGCACCCUAGGACCGACUGGCAGUAAGAGUAUACCUCUCGUUGCAUUGUAGCAAAUAUACUGGUAACUAACCCUUCUUCUGUCUGUGAUUGUAGCGUCGAGAGUGAUCAGGUACGAUACACACUUCGGUUAUCUUCCUUGGCAUAUCAUUUAACUCCGAUGUUGUCAUAUAUGCUGCUGCUACUGUUUAUCCUGUUGCUUAGUCACUUUAUCCCUACCUAUAAAUCAGUGGCGAACCGUAACUAUGGCCCUAGUCUUCAGAGGGCCCAAAAAUCUUCCAAUACGUUGUAUCAAACUCAAAUCAAGAAAAUAACAGAAAACAUAGUAUCAUUUAUUAUAUCUUCUGUAGUCUGAAAAUUCUAGUUCUACUGAAGGAGGAAUGAAAACAGGCCUGGCCGAGCCUCGGAGACAGAAAAUCAUAACAAUACAAAAGCACAACCAUUUUCCCAAAUGAAAUUAACAAAAGUUAUUUUAUGACCAUCACACUAACCAGUGAUCUAAAGUUUAAAUGCAGCAAUGUCUCAGUCAUUAUUUUCAGAGAUCGCAAACAUCAAGUGAGCUGCAAAAAGUGCCAUUCACCAGAUUAUCAUUUGUAAACAAAGUUUGAAAGUUAAAAGGGUGGUGCUAACAAAUUAGCAACAACAUCCACAUGGGAGCUAAUAACAGCUACUACAGCCGCUAUUGCCAUUGACACACUACUACGACACUAGCUAGCUAACAUUACCAGCAUUUCCGUGGGAAAACUACUGCUUGCGCCUCUGAUUAUUUGCUCGUCUUGCGCCCUCAGUAGUGAUGUGUUUAGGCCUUAGAGAAAGAGAAGGGUGCAAUUUCGGCCUGCAUUCCUGUAUCUGCAGGAACCCCUCUUUAUACUUCUAUGAGUACAUUUUUAGGUUAGGGAAGGCAGAAGCGAUCCAGUACAGUAGGUGGCGUUAUUGAACAAUAACGUUGGAUACCAGCCGUCGAUUAAACCCACAGAAGAAGGGGUGGGGUGACAAUGGGCACGGUUUUCCUGCAGCUCUGUUAACGAUGCCGAGGGCUGGUGUUCAGAAUUUUGGCGCGAAGGACACUGCCAGUUUAUCCAGCUAGUCCUAAGGAGGACUCCGGGACACAGCAGGUGUGAUGCGUGUGCCACUGCGCUGGGUGCUGUGGGAUGUGAAAGACACCCUGCUGAAGGUGCGCAGUUCUGUCGGGGAACAGUACUGCCAGGAGGUCAAGCGAACAGCAGGUUUCAGUCUUAACCCUACAGAGGUGGAGGCUGCCUUCCGCCAGUCCUUCCACCAGUACUCCAAACUCUACCCCAACUACGGUACUGCCCAGGGCCUGGGAGGGAAGGCCUGGUGGAUGGGAGUGGUUCGGGACACCUUCGCCCAGUGUAGAGUACAGGACGCAGCCCUACUGGACACACUGGCCCACAACUUGUAUCAUGGCUUCUGCAGCCCUAAUAACUGGGAGGUAUUUCCAGACUCGGCGAAGACCCUGGAGAGCAUAUCCUCCCUGGGACUGAAGCAGGGUGUGGUGUCCAACUUUGACAAUCGCCUGGAGGGGAUUCUACGAGGCUGUGGCCUGCUGUCUCACUUCAGCUUCCUGCUCACCUCAGAGGAGGCCGGUAUAGCCAAGCCUAACCCAGCAAUCUUCCACCAGGCACUAGAGAAAUGUGGCGUAACAGCCGCGAGUGUAGCGCACAUUGGGGACCAUUAUGUCUAUGACUAUGUGACCUCUCGGUCACUGGGCCUCCAUGGGUACUUGCUGGACAGACAGGGCAGGAAUAAAUACCCUGAUGUUCCCCCACAGCAUCGAUUAAAGACCCUGGAGGAGCUACCUGCACGUCUCCAGCAACAUAUGGACUAAAUGUUAUCUAUUACACAAGUAAACUCAAGCCAGGAUUCAAACAAACCGCACUGUGCCAACAUUUCACUGCACUUGACAUUAAAGUAUAAAAAAAWAWAUAUAAAAUCCAAGCCUUAAUCUAUGGCAGUGAAACUAGCCCCAAAACUUAACAUAUGCAAUGACCACUUUUAGAUUAUCUAAAUAUGUACAUAUAAUUUAUCUAAUGUUUUCGUAACUUAUUUCGCCAAUACGUUUUAUAUCACGUUGUGACACCCUCCAAUUAAUGGAUUAUGUUCAAUAAAUAAAAAUGCCUGUUCUACAGCCAGUGCUACAUUC